UUGACCUGUGACCCAUCAACAAUGAAGGCGACUGGGUACCCCAUGGUACCACCAGGUACGAAUGUCUGCUCAUGGUCUGCUGUGAACUACAAUCUGCUUUGUCGUAGCUUAUAGUCUACCCCUGGUGCUAUACAAAUAGAUCCUUGGUAAAUGAGCCAUGGGUGAAGAAAAUUAUCCGUAGUAAAGCGGUUAUCUUCACAGGGGUGGUGCACAGGUGUAUACCUUUAGACAACUGCUAGGUCUGAAUUACACAGAAAAACAUGGCAUUUCUACUUGGGAUUUGUAGCUCAUUGACUGUCAAGUCAGUACUGGUUGGGUUGAUAGCUCUCUUCAUAGCUACAUGGUUUUACCGACGGCCGAGGAACCUUCCUCCCGGCCCGACUGGAUGGCCCCUUCUUGGCUACCUCCCAAAUCUCAUCUCAGCCGGGGACGAGUACAAGAACUUAACCCGACUGGCUAAGACCUACGGACCGGUGUUUAGUAUGAAUCUAGGCGGUACAUUGGUGGUGGUCGUCAACAGCUUCGCUUCCAUCAAGGAGGCUCUGAGUCACCCCAACACUGCAGACCGUGCACCCACACGCUUCUUCAAGAAAAUGACAGAUGAUCCUGAUGCACUGAGUGUAGGUACCGCUUCUGGUGACAGCUGGUCUCAGCAGAGGAAGUUUUGUCUGUCAGUACUGAGAGGGUUGGGCGUGUGGAGGUCAAGCUUCGAGGACGCCAUCGCUACCGAGGCAGGAUGCCUCAUCAACGGCAUCAAGGAACACGAGGGGAACCCAUUCAAUCCAGCUCAUUUGUUAGGUAAUGCUGUCUCGAAUGUCAUCUGCUCUGUUACCCUUGGUAAAAGAUUCGACUACGCUGAUCCAAAGUUCCAGCAACUGCUGAAGUCAAUUACCCGUAUCUUUGAAAUGUGUGAAGGUGGAGACGUUUACACGUACCUACCCAUCAUGGAAUAUCUGUCCUUCACGUCAACUUUCAAGGAUAUAGAAAGUAGCACACGCUCGAUUAUCGAGUUCCUCCGGGAAAGCGUGGAAAACCACCAAAGCAAUUUAGAUGUCGACAACCCGAAAGAUUUCAUCGAUGUCUUCCUCAGAGAGAUCCACGACAACGAGACUAAGAAUAUAAAGAGUUACAUUACCAAAAACAACAUGUUGCUGACGUGUUUUGACCUCUUUACAGCCGGAACAGAGACUUCAUCAACCACCCUCCGCUGGGCUUUGCUGUACAUGGUGGCCUACCCUAAGGUACAAGCAAAGAUACAGCAGGAAAUAGAUGACAGCGUGGGUAGAAAUCGUCUUCCACGCCUCGCAGACAAACCUCAGCUGCCAUACACUGAGGCGACCAUCCUUGAGGUGCAGCGUCUGGCGUCCAUUGCGGCUCUUGGCGUUACCCACAUGUUCUCCAAGGACACCAACCUACUCGGCUUCGAUAUCCCCGAGGGGACACGGCUUCUUACGAAUCUUUGGGCCGUAAGUCGCGAUCCAUCCAUCUGGUCCUCUCCAGAAGAAUUUAAACCGGAGAGAUUUAUUGACGAAGCUGGUUCCUUGAAGCCAAGGGAGGAGCAUCUGCCUUUUGCUUCAGGUCGCCGGGUGUGUCUAGGAGAGCAACUUGCCAAGAUGGAGCUGUUCAUCUUCUUCUCACAUUUACUGCAUCAGUUUUCCUUCAAGAAACCCGAUGAAUCUCAACCUUUAUCUUUCGAAGCUGUCAACGGCCUCACGCUGACUCCGAUUCCAUUCGAAGUCUGUGCCAUUCCUAGAGAGUAAAAAUGACUCACAAUCAACCCACAAUCUCCUUGACCGGGAGAAAUGCUAGAACAGAAGCACUGGACACUCAAUUUGAUGACC